GGAUCGGAAGUGAACACCCUUUAUGCGCACGAAGAGUGUAACCUAUCCAGCGAUCAACUGAUUGAACUAUUGGUUGGGAACGAUACACCUGUCCUGAGGCUUGAAACUGAAUUUGCGGUCUGGUGGUGGUACGCACGCCAACUAACGAGGAGAUUUCCAUCCAACUGAAUUUCGUUUCUCCUCCCAUCGUGACAGCACAGCUCUGUUACGGAUCCGCCAUGGCCGAGGAAAUGACUUCUCUCAUGAGUCUAGAAGAUGAACUGACUUGUAGCAUCUGCCUCUGUCCAUUCGACUGUCCGGUGACAACACCUUGCGGACACAACUUCUGUCAAGAUUGCCUCUUCACUACAUGGAAAGAAAAUUACAGCUGUCCGCAAUGCAGGACGCACUUUUCGACCAAACCAGAGCUGAAAAAGAACACGGUGCUUAGCACCGUAAUGGAGACGUUCAGACUGAGGGCGUCGAAGAGUGAUUCCAGCAUUACUGUGAAGGAAACAAUGAAGCCUGAAGAGCCUAAGCACGAGCGUGUCGUCUGUGAUACCUGUAUGGAGGCCACCGCUGUUAAAACCUGCCUCACGUGCAUGGCGUCCUUCUGUGAGGACCAUGUAAGACCGCACAAGGAGAACCCGAUAUUUAGCACGCAUCAGCUGAGCUACCCGCUUGGAGACCUCCGCGAGCGCAUCUGCACCGACCACCACAAGUUGAUGGAGUUCUACUGCACCCAGCAUCGCCGCUGUAUUUGUAGCGUCUGUCUGCAGCAGGUGCACAAGGGGUGUCAGUUCUCCACCCCCGACGAACAACGAGCUUUACAAGAGUCUGACAUGAGAAACAAAUUAGGCAUGCUGGAUGGAAAAAUUGAGAAGAACCGAAAUGUCAUUUCCGAGAUGAAGAGUCAACAGAGCAAGCUGAAGGACACUGCAUCUAGCAAGAAGAAGGUUCUGGAAGGUGAGUACCGGCAGCUCCGGGAGAUGCUGGACCGGGAGGAGCGGGAGGCCCUGAACACGGUAGACCGUGAGCAGGAGAGCGGUCAGACCAAGCUGCAGGGUCUCAUGAAGAAGUUUGACCAGAACAUUGAUAAGAUGAGUGGAGCCAGAGAUGAAAUCAACAACCUCCUUAGCCAGUCUGAGAGCCUGGCCUUUCUACAGGCUUCAGUGGAUCUUCCCUCCCAGGUGACCUUUGACCCCUACACACCACGGGUGAACCUGGACUCUAAGGCUGUCGCCGCAUCACAGGCCUUCGCAGCAGUCCUGAGGGAGCAUCUGUUCCACAUAUUCAACCAACCUGUGGAAGCUAGGCUGCAGAUACUAAGACCAGAACUUGGCGUGGGCAUGCGAUGUGAGAGUACCUUUGUCCCACCGCUGAUAUCAAAUCCUCCUCCAAUGUUUGCUGAAUUCCAGCGGAACCCACAAACCUUCCCGUUGUCUGAUCACAGCAGGGGGGCAAUAUUUGGACGAGCAGAAGGUACUCCGAGGCCCCCCAGAUCUCACAGCCCAGGAGCUGCUCUCAGAGCAGGCCAGAAAAAGAAGUCUGAUAGGAAAACGGAUUCGAAGGACCAGAAAGGUGACAAAACAAAAAAGCAGCCCUUCCAGUCUACACCCACACCAAAGGAGUACCCAAAAGCUACAUGUGAAGAACCUCAGAACAAGGACAAACCCGAGCUGUCGAAGAUGCCUCCAAAUAUCACGUCGGUUGCAAAAAGACAUGACCUUCUGCAAUAUGGCACGGUCCUCACCCUGGACGGCAAGACGGCCCACAAGCGCGUCUGCCUCAGCGAGAACUUCACUGUGGCCACCGUGUCGGACGAGCCCAACGCCUACCCUGACUGCCCCGCCCGCUUCUCUGUCUGCUCCCAGGUGCUGUGCACCAAAGGUUUCUCUAGGGGGCGUCACUACUGGGAGGUCAAGAUGAGCAGCAACAACUUUGUCGGCCUAGGCCUGGCUUACAACAGCAUUGACCGCAAGGGUCCCGCUAGCCGGCUAGGCCGGAACGCCCAGUCGUGGUGCGUCGAGUGGUUCAACGUCAAGCUGUCAGCCUGGCACGCCAGCAGCGAGACCGUGCUGCUCAAUCCUAAUCCGAGCCGCGUUGGCGUGCUACUGGAUUGCGAGGAGGGGACGGCUACGUUCUACAACGUGGCAGAUAGGGCGACCCCCUUCCACUCGUUUGUGUUCCCCUUUGCGGAGGCGGUGUACCCGGCUUUUUGGAUUUUCUCCAACGGCUCGUCUGUUAGCUUGUGUAAACUGCAAACUUGAGUAUCUUGAGGAAACACACAGAUGUGCAUGCAUACACAAAUCAGUAUGAAUGCUCAGAUACUGAUAUGUGUGAGUAUCAAAUAAUCCUAUUUGUAUAUAACACUCUUAACAUAUCUUCAGAUAUACAAAUCUUGCCUCCUGGUGUGUUUAUAAUCCCAGAGGUUCUUUUUCGUGGUAGAGGGUAAUUAUUACGCAACUCUGCUUUUUUCCAUUACCGGGACUUUGGUUCUUUUAUGAGUAUCGAUUGGAGCAUUGCCACUGAGAACGAUUGAUUGUGCUGCAUAAUAUUAUAUUGUGUAAUAUUGUGCUGCAUAGUAUUAACAUCAAAUGUUUGGAUCACAUUCUUUCACUUUAGGGUCAAAUAGUGAUGGCUUUUUAAUAGCUAAAUGGGAACCUGAGAGAUUGAGAGAACCAGAAAACCAUUUGAGAUCCUGUUUUAGCAGAUCUUGAUGUAAGUGCAGCAUACACACACAGUAGAUAUACACUGUAAAUGUUUUCUUUGUGUGUGUUGUGUGCUGACACCAUCUACAUCCCUAAGUGUAUGACAUGACAUACACUUACAUGUUGGAGAGUAGAAUGGCUUUCGCUGGUUUGGGGUCAAUGUUUUUUUGACAGAAAGCUUGUAAAGUUGAGCAGCUUCAGCGCAUGUAUAGUGUGGCCGGAGUCUUAAGGUAUUGCUAAGUUUUCAUGUAUUACCUUAUUGAAACACUUAGACCUGCUUUGAGUAUGGGAACCCAUCAGUUCCAUCAGGAAGUAGCCACCGAGCUUUGAAGUGCAGAUACAUACAUUACUAACCAAAGGGAGUUUGGUACUUACUGAUAAGUAUGUUGCUGUUAACUCUUUGUCUUUCCUGGCUUUGAAAUGACAAUGUCAAGUUCUGUAAACAUUAUUGGAAAAAGAAUAGUUCAUGAUAAAUGAUUUGUAUAAAUGUAUUGGGUGUAUUCUGGGACCUAUGCCCACAUGGGUUGGGUAUCAGGAAUUACAUGUUUUGUUUUCCUUUUGAGGCUUACCAAAAAAAAAAUAUAUAAAAAAGUGCAGUACAUUCAGUUCAACAAUGUACAGUAUACUCAUUAUGACCGUAUUCAAAUCAACGCUUGAUGGAAGAUUUUAUGAUGUUCACAUUAAAGUCUUUAUCACUCA